AUCUCAUCUUCUUGUGGAAUCUAAAUUCAGCUUAUUCCAGAUGAAAAUAAGAAUGUGCGAUUUUUAUUUAAUUGAAAAACGUUUAUUACAGAGAUAUCUUUCAAUUACAAAGAAAAACUAUCAAAAUCAGCUCAAAACAAUAAAACCAUAUGAGAAACGAAUUUGUCUAUAAAUUCAAAUUAUUGCCUGAUUUCGUGUAUUUGAAUGAAUGAUCCUUUGAAUGUCUUCCUCCCUAAUUAAUUACCGAGAGAAGUCAGUAGAUCUUUUCAUAUAUUGUUCACUCGGUUUUCUUCAACCGUCUUUCUUCUUUUUGAUGCUGGGCUGAGCUCAAUUUUUAAAAAGUCUAGUCGAUAAGUAUUUAAAGAGGGUCUUUCAACAACUAAAUUACCAUGAGUUAGUAGAUAGAAAAUGUUUAUUAUCACACGCAUAAAAUUGGUGUAGUAGAUUACUAUAUAUAUAAUGUGAAUUAAUACAUACUGUAGCACUUUUGGAUUUCGAACAAUAUAAAAUUGUGAUACAUGAUUACUGUUUUGGUAAUAGUAUCAGUACAUAACUACAUUUUACUAAUAUGUACUGAUACUAAUAUGAUAUUAGUAAUCAAAAUUGAAAUCAUUCAACUCAUUGAGUUUUCUGUAGGUCAUUAUUGCCACAACUUUUGAAGUAUAUUUUCGAACUGGAAAUGUUGUACUAUAUGCCAAUAUGCUAUAUUGAUGGAAGCUAAAGAUUCUAUCUACCCACGUAAAAGUAAGCAGUGACCAGAUAGUUUAUACUUUUUAUAGCACGGCAAAAAAGUUGAUUUGCUUAAAGAUGUUCAAGGACCUAAAAUUACGUAUUUAUAUUAAAUCAGGAAAAACAUAAGUAUAUUCCAAGUUUCUGAUUGAUAGGAUGUGGCAAUAUAGUUAAGCUAUAAUGCCAUACCUCUGAUAAUGAAGGUUUCAAAUUAACAAUUAAUUUGGUUUGUAUCGAUUUACUUGCUGAGAACAACUAUUAUAAGGUUGGAUUGCAUCAAGUGGCAAAACAAAAUGUGUGGGGUUACUUAGUUUUGAAUCCAAAAGCUUUUGCUUGAGCCUAAAGCGUUUUGAUGAUGAGAGGGAUUCAAAUUUGAAGUCAAAACAGUUACGGAGGAGUUGUCAAAGCUCCAUGUUUUUUUUAAUUGACAAAACGGAUCUCUAGUUUUGCGCAGCGUGACAAACACCACCCUGAUUGUUUAAAAAGUGUAGAGUUAAAGUGGGGUAUCUAAACUCAUACGCCUGGAACACACAACCACGCUUUAAAUAUAUGUUCACAUGUACUGAUUACUGAAUAUGUUAACACCUUUUAAAUAACCAGAUGCUUUAUAAGAAACAAAUGAGAAAACAUAGAAGAAGCAAAAGAGUUGAAACAUCGUACAGUCGACCACGUUAUGUUUGCUGUUACUUGAGCUACGUACCAGCUGAUCUUGGUUAUACACUCUUGUUUGUACACACCAUAACCAUGUAACCUCCCAACCCGAGUUUACACAUCAAGGCCUCUACUUUGUAUCAAAUUCUUUAAUUUGCCCCUAACUUUAUUUCCUUGUUCAAUUUUGAAUUUCGAUAAGAGCACUCAGAUCGCGGGAAUCCCAAAAUGUUUUGAACAGUUACAUAAAACCCUAGAAUCCCAAUUCCUCUCAGUAUCACUCGCCAUGGAUGAGGAGGAGCUCUUGCUCGCUAGAAUCAUCGCAGGAAUCGAAGGAGGAGGAGGAGGAGACGAUGAAUCACACUACCACGAACUCGUCGCGGAUCUCAAGUCUCUACUCGACACAGACGACGACGAAAUCCUCGAUCGGUUCUACGUCAGCCUCUCCUCGACGGCUUCAUCGUUCCUCCGCUGCUUCUCCGCCGCCAUGGAUUCUCCGGUCGAAUCCGGCCGUCUGGCGAUUUCAGCCUCCGAGGCCUAUCUCUCUCUGCUUCUUUCCACGAACUGCCCCGUUUUCACUUUCUUCUCCCCCGUCGCGUUUCUCUCUCUGCUGGGUUCGAUUCGCCGCUACCUCAAACCUCGUCGCCGCGAGGAUUCGGGAGGAGCGGCGGUGGCGUCGUCUCAAGGGAACAAGAAGAAGAGAGGACGCGGCGGUGGUUCGAGGAAGAACGCUAAAAACCUAGGGCGUGAAGAUGGGGACGAGACGGAAGAGGGUGGGUUCGAUGCGAAGUUGGUGUUUAGAGUGCUCGAGCGUCUAGGCUCGGUUCUGGGGUUUGUUCAUUUGGAUAGAUUUCCCGAUAGCUUGAAGUCUUUGGUACAGACUGUGAGCGAGAUUCCUUUACUAGCGCUGGAGCAUUCAGGGGUUUUGAGUUAUGAUAAAUUGAUGGAAACGUGCGGGAGGAUACUGGGUGGAGUGUUGAGCUCUGACCAUGGAGAUGUGUCGCUUACUGCCGCUGAGAUUUCGAAGUCUUUGACACCGUUGCUUUUGAUGGGGAAGCAUCAGGCGAGAAGCUUCGCGUUAGGGUUUGUGUCAAGGAAGAUUAUGGGUUUGGCUAAAGAUAACUCCGAGUUGAAAAAAGUUGUUUGUAAUUUGCCUAAGUUUUUGGUUCAUAAGGCGCCUGAGAAGGCUGAGCCGCGUGGAUUCGCGGUGGAGGCGAUACUUGAGAUUGUAAAGGCAAUGGAGGUUGAGGAUCAAUCGGAGUUUGUUGAAUUUGUGAUGAAGAUGGGUCAGGGUAAAUCUAAUUUGAGGAUAUUGGCUGUUGAUCUUAUACCUUUGUUGAUGAGCUCAUUAGGAAACCCCUUUGGAAGUAUUAGUUCAGAGGAUGGCGUGGAAGAUUCGUGGGGAUUGGGUUGUCUUAAUGCCUUAGUGCAGCGGUGUUCAGAUUCAAGCGCUUUAAUUAGAGCUCGAGCUUUGUCCAACUUAGCUCAAGUUGUGGGAUUUUUGACUGGUGAUGAAAGGAGUAGGUCGAUCUUGAAACAAGCCCUUGGGUUUACUGGUGGUGAGACUUCAGAGGGAAAAGGUAGAAUAACUGACCUUUUGAAGAAGAGAUGUGUGGAUGAGAAGGCGGCGACACGGAGAGCAGCUCUUCUUCUAGUUACAAAAUUGACAUCCCUUUUGGGUGGUUGCUUUGAUGUUAGUAUCCUAAAGACAAUGGGUACAUCUUGUUCUGAUCCGCUCAUAAGUAUUAGAAAGGCUGCAAUUUCUGCUCUUUCCGAGGCCUUCAGAAUAUGUAUAGAUGAAGUUGUAACCACUGAAUGGUUACAUUCUGUCCCUCGGAUGGUCAUGGACAAUGAAACUAGCAUCCAAGAAGAAUGCGAGAAUGUCUUUCAUGAACUAGUCCUGGAGAGAAUAUCACGAGCGGGAAAUUCCCUUUCUCAGGGCAGUGCUUCUCUCCCAGACAACUGGAGCUCUAGCUCAAAAGAUAUAGACAGAGACAUUGAAGCUUUGUUUCCAGAAGGAGUUUUGGUUCUCCUAAGGGAGCUCUGCAACAGCGAGGUUUCCCCUUGGGUAAAGAAAAUAUGUGUAAGUUUGGGCAAGAAGAAGCAACUGAAACCAAGAGUUGCCCUUGCGCUGCAGAGUAUCAUAAAGGAAUCUGAAUCACUCUGGUUAAACCGUUCAAUGCCAAUAAAUAAAUGGACAGCUCCUGCCGGGGCUUGGUUUCUUCUUUCAGAGGUGUCAGUUUUUCUUCCAAAGUCUGUCGAAUGGGAGUUUCUUCACCAUCAUUGGCAGUUGCUAGACAAAAAUGACUUGCAAGAAGGAACAGAUGGACAAGGUGAUGAAGAGGGUGUAGAGUGUAAUUCUUCUACAUGGGCUGGGGAUCGAGUUUUUCUUUUGCAAACUAUCUCCAAUGUUUCCCUUCAGCUGCCACCAGAUCCUGCUGCAGAUCUGGCCGACAAUUUGCUGAAGAAAAUCGAAAAGUUUAACCUGCAUUCUGCUGAGGUCGAUGCACAUGUUAAAGCAUUAAAAACUUUGUGCGUAAAGAAGGCGCGCAUCCCGGAGGAGUCGGAUAUGCUUGUCAAGAAAUGGGUAGAACAAGUUUUAUCUAAGGCAUCUAAGGUCACUGAAAAGUACAUCGAGGGGAUCUCCAGUAAUAAUCUUUCUUUCGCCACACCAGCAAUGCUUGGAAGUAGGAGAAGCAAGAAACUGGAUUCUGUAUCCAAGAAGUUAUCAAAAGCAAUCACAGCAGUAUAUACCAUUGGAUCUUGUGUCAUUAUAUAUCCUUCAGCUGACACGACCAAAAUUGUUCCGUUGUUACAUACUGUAAUCACUUCAGGGAAUUCUGAUUCAAAGCUGAAAAACAAAUUGCCACAAGCCAAUGCUUGCUUGAAGCAAAAAGCUCCUCCUCUUUAUAGUCAGUCUUGGUUGACCAUGGCGAAGAUUUGUUUGGCUGACGGGAAGCUUGCUAAAAGAUAUAUCCCUCUCUUUGCACAGGAGCUUGAAAAGAGUGAUUGUGCAGCCUUGCGUAACAAUCUUGUAGUGGCGAUGACAGACUUUUGUGUUCACUAUACAGCCAUGAUAGAGUGUUACAUACCAAAGAUCACUAAACGUCUUCGGGAUCCUUGUGAAGUUGUUAGAAGGCAGACAUUCAUACUUCUCUCAAGGUUAUUACAGAGAGAUUAUGUUAAGUGGAGAGGCGUUCUUUUCCUUCGCUUCCUUCUAUCUCUUGUUGAUGAAUCUGAAAAGAUACGUCGACUUGCAGACUUUUUAUUUGGAAACAUCCUUAAAGUUAAGGCACCACUUUUAGCUUACAACAGUUUUGUGGAAGCUAUUUAUGUGUUAAACGAUUGCCACGCCCACAAUGGCCACAAUAAUUCAGAUGCUAAGCAAUCAAGAACAAAGGAUCAAGCUUUUUCUAUCAGAGGAAAUGAUGAAAGAGCUAGGUCUAAAAGAAUGCAGAUCUACGUCACUCUGCUUAAACAAAUGGCUCCAGAACAUCUUCUGGCCACAUUUGCAAAGUUAUGUGCAGAGGUCCUCGCAGCUGCUUCUGAUGGAAUGCUAAACAUAGAAGAUGUAACUGGUCAGUCAGUUCUACAGGAUGCGUUUCAAAUCUUGGCGUGCAAAGAGAUCCGUUUAUCAGUUUCAAGAGGAUCUUCGUCUGAGACAGUAGAGAUGGAAGAAGAAGGUGGAGACUCCAACGGGGCGGCUGCCAAAGGAAGAGCCAUAACGCAAGCUGUUAGAAAAGGGUUGAUUCAGAACACGAUUCCAAUCUUCAUUGAGCUCAAGAGGCUAUUGGAGAGCAAGAACAGUCCUCUCACAGGCUCGCUCAUGGACUGCCUCCGUGUGCUCCUGAAAGACUACAAGAACGAGAUAGAAGAAAUGCUCGUCGCUGAUAAACAGCUUCAGAAAGAGCUCGUCUACGAUAUGCAGAAGCACGAGGCUGCAAAGGCAAGGUCCAUGGCUAACCAAGGGGUUGGUUGCGGGACAAGUCAUAGAAGCCGCGAACCAGAGCAACCAACAACAGAAGCAGAAAGGGAGGAGAAUGUUAGGGAUUCGGGACUGGAAUCGAGAGUGGUAUCUGCGGCUGCUGAUGCAAUGGCGGCUAAAGCGGCAAGGUCGGUACUGAGAGAAGUGAACGGUGGAGCUGCAACGCCGCCUCUGAGCGCAAUGAGCGUUCCGAAGCUAAGGUCGAGCCUUGGAGGAGGUAAACAGAGUGGUCGACCAUCGGCUGAUGUGCUGGAGUCUCUCAGAAGAAGACCAACUUUCAUGUCUGAUGACGAUAACUAAAAUAGAGAGCGAGACGAGACUCAGGAAAUAGCUUUUGUUGUAACUAAAUUACUAAUGUCUAUUGUGUAUGCUCGAAAACGAAUGUAAGCAAGUUUCUCAUGUUGUCCCUAUCUAGUUAAGCUUUGCUUAGGAGAAUCCUAAUUCUAAAGAUUGAUCCUUGGCCAAAAUAAAAGAUUUUGAGCCAAAAACAAAGUUUUAUUUAUAAACUA